AUGGUUGUUCCCAUUUCCAAGAGCAACAGUAUUCCUCGUAAGCCAUCCUUCAAGUUUUUGAUUUAUGGAAGGACUGGAUGGAUCGGUGGCCUCCUUGGGAAGAUUUGCGAGAAGCAAGGGAUCCCAUUUGAAUAUGGUAAAGGGCGUUUGGAAGACCGAGCCUCGUUGUUGGCCGAUAUUCAGAACAUUAAGCCGACCCAUGUUUUCAAUGCUGCCGGAGUUACUGGGAGGCCUAAUGUUGAUUGGUGCGAGUCCCACAAGCCAGAGACGAUCCGCGCUAAUGUCGCAGGUACUUUGACUCUGGCUGAUGUUUGCAGGGAAAAUGGGCUGUUGAUGAUGAACUUUGCCACUGGGUGUAUAUUUGAGUACGAUGCCGAGCACCCUGAGGGCUUCGGGAAAGGAUUCAAAGAAGAGGACAAGCCUAAUUUCGUCGGCUCGUUCUAUUCAAAAACCAAGGCCAUGGUAAUUAAUUAAUUAAUUAACUAAUAUUCUCGUACUCUCUGCUCAAGCGUAUCUAAUCUCCUUCUCGCUUCUUUCUGCACCCUCGAAGUUUCCAUCCUCUGACCAAUUUGUCUUAUUUUUAUUGACAACCAAAACAGGUUGAGGAGCUCUUAAAAGAAUACGACAACGUCUGCACUCUCAGAGUCCGAAUGCCCAUCUCAUCCGACCUCUCCAAUCCGCGCAAUUUCAUCACAAAGAUUUCUCGCUACAGCAAGGUGGUGAACAUCCCGAACAGCAUGACGGUCCUGGACGAGCUCCUUCCCAUUUCGGUGGAGAUGGCUAAGAGGAACUGCCGGGGCAUCUGGAACUUCACAAACCCCGGCGUCGUGAGCCACAACGAGAUUCUGGAGAUGUACAAAACCUACAUCGAUCCGGACUUCACCUGGUCCAACUUCACCCUGGAGGAGCAGGCCAAGGUCAUCGUCGCGCCUCGAAGCAACAAUGAAUUGGACGCCUCCAAGUUGAAGACCGAGUUCCCCGAGUUGCUGCCCAUCAAGGAGUCGCUACUGCGCUUCGUCUUUGAGCCCAACAGUAACAAGUCAGGCGGUGCGGCGCAGUGA